GUUUCCGGGAGGGAAGCGGCGGCGCUUCCGGUGCGGGCGGCCCGGCUGGCGGAAGUGACGGCGGGGUUUGUUGACAGCGGAGGCCGCGGCGGGGGGAGCGGGCCCGAGGAGGACGCCGAGCCCCUGCCCGCCCCGGGGAGCGGCGCCGGGACCAGCCGGGACUCCCGCCGCCCCCCAUCCGCCUCGCCGGGCGGGGGCCUGGCGCCAGGUGUCCUGAUGUCACUGUAAAUUCAUCCUGGAACUCCAUUUGAGGAAAGAAUCUACUGAACCAAAAGCUUCCUUCUGCUCUUCCCCUUCCCAUAACUUCCCUCAAGAUGGCAUCUGACAGCCCCGAGUCGCUAAUGACCUUGUGCACAGAUUAUUGUCUUCGCAAUUUGGAGGGGACUCUCUGCUACCUACUGGACAAUGAAACACUCCGGCUCCAUCCCGACAUCUUCUUGCCAAGCGAGAUUUGUGACAAACUUGUCAAUGAGUACGUGGAAUUGGUGAAGACGGACAGUGUCUUUGAACCCCAUGAAAGCUUCUUCACCCUGUUCUCAGACCCCCGGAGCACCAGGCUGGCUCGGAUCCACUUGCGGGAACAGAUUGUGCAGGACCAGGACCUGGAAGCCAUCAGGAAGCAGGAUCUUGUUGAGCUCUACUUGACUAACUGUGAGAAGCUGACAGCCAAGAGUCUGCAAACGUUGGUGAGCUUCAGUCACACACUUAUCUCCCUUAGCCUCUUUGGCUGUUGUAAUAUCUUCUAUGAGGAGGAGAACCCUGGAGGCUGUGAAGAUGACUGUUUGGUGAACCCCACUCGCCAGGUCUUGGUCAAGGACUUUACUUUUGAAGGCUUUAGCCGCUUGCGCUUCCUGAACCUGGGCCGCUUGAUCGAAGGGGUAAAUGUGGAGACGUUGCUUCGGCCUUUGGCCUCCCUUGCAGCUCUAGAUCUCUCUGGGAUCCAGCUGAACGAUGUGGGAUUUCUGACCCAGUGGAAGGACAGUCUGGUUUCCUUAGUGCUUUACAACAUGGACCUUUCAGAGGAGCAUAUCCAAGUGAUCGCACAGCUUCGCAAGCUCAGGCACUUGGAUAUCUCCCGAGACCAUCUGUCCAGUUAUUACAAAUUCAAGCUGACCCGGCGGGUUCUAAACCUGUUUGUGGAAAACUUGGUAAACCUCACUUCGCUCGAUAUCUCAGGGCACACCAUGCUGGAGAACUGCACUAUCCCAAGCAUGGAGGAGAAGAUGGGCCAGACAAGUAUUGAGCCAGCAAAGAGCAGUAUUGCUCCCUUCCGGGGUCUGAAACGACCACUCCAGUUCUUGGGCCUUUUUGAAACAUCUCUCUGCCGCCUGAUGCAUAUUCCAGCCUACAAGGUGAGUGGAGACAAGAAUGAAGAGCAAGUCCUGAACGCUAUUGAGGCUUACACUGAACACCGGCCAGAAAUCACUUCCCGGGCCAUCAACCUCCUUUUUGACAUUGCCCGUAUCGAACGUUGCAGCCAGCUGCUGCGAGCCCUUCAGCUGGUGAUCACAGCCCUCAAGUGCCACAAGGAUGACAAAAACAUCCAGGUGACAGGCAGCGCCGCGCUGUUCUACUUGACCAACUCCGAGUACCGCAUGGAGCAGAGUGUAAAGCUGCGGCGCCAGGUCAUCCAGGUGGUGCUGAAUGGCAUGGAGUCCUACCAGGAAGUCACAGUACAGCGAAACUGCUGCCUGACACUGUGUAACUUCAGCAUUCCUGAGGAGCUGGAGUUCCAGUACCGCCGAGUCAACGAGCUGCUGCUGAACAUCCUCAACCAGAGCCGGCAGGAUGAGUCUAUCCAGCGCAUUGCUGUGCACCUCUGUAAUGCUCUGGUCUGCCAGGUGGACAACGAUCAUAAAGAAGCUGUGGGCAAGAUGGGGUUUGUCAUGACAAUGCUAAAGUUGAUUCAGAAGAAGUUGGCUGAUAAAACGUGUGAUCAGGUGAUGGAGUUCUCCUGGAGUGCCCUCUGGAACAUCACUGAUGAGACCCCCGAUAACUGCGAGAUGUUCCUUAACUACAGUGGCAUGAAAUUGUUCUUGGAGUGCUUGAAAGAGUUCCCCGAGAAACAGGAGCUGCAUCGCAAUAUGCUGGGCCUCUUGGGCAAUGUAGCAGAGGUGAAGGAGCUCCGCCCACAGCUCAUGACCUCCCAGUUCAUCAGUGUGUUCAGCAACCUGCUGGAGAGCAAAGCAGAUGGGAUUGAGGUAUCCUAUAAUGCCUGUGGUGUGCUCUCCCAUAUCAUGUUCGAUGGUCCAGAGGCUUGGGGUAUAUGUGAGCCCCACCGAGAGGAAGUUGUAAAGAGGAUGUGGGCGGCCAUCCAGAGCUGGGAUAUCAACUCCAGGAGAAAUAUCAAUUACAGGUCAUUUGAACCAAUCCUUCGACUUCUUCCACAAGGGAUCUCCCCAGUCAGCCAGCACUGGGCUACCUGGGCACUGUAUAACCUGGUCUCUGUCUACCCUGACAAAUACUGCCCACUGCUGAUCAAAGAAGGUGGGAUUCCCCUUCUGAAGGACAUGAUUAAAAUGGCCUCAGCACGGCAAGAGACCAAGGAAAUGGCCCGGAAAGUUAUAGAGCACUGCAGUAACUUUAAGGAGGAGAACAUGGACACUUCCAGAUAGAGGCAAUCAUCUAAUGCCUCUUGCCAGCACUGUAUCCAGCUUCUCUCUAAUUCACUGUAUAUAGGGAGGACUCUUUCUUACCAACUCGCCUGUUGGAAGGAAACUUUAUGUGUGUGUGUGAGACCCUCAGUAGAUGAAGGUGAACAGGGGAGGGGGGAGGGACUUUUUGCACAACAAAAUGCUUUCCUUAAAUUAGUGGACUUUUUUGUUAUGAAGUUUCAGGUUGAAGUUCUGUGUGUAUGAUUUCUGUAUAAAAAGAAAACAAAAAACAAAGACAACUACAUUAUGUAUCUUUUAACCUUUUUAUUUUAGACCACACAGAGAGCCUCAAAUGAUCAUGAGCUUGAAGACCUAGUUGUGUGAUCGCUAGUGUGACAUUUUUAUUUCCCACUUUUUAGAAAAUUCCCUUUUGCUGUAUUGCAUGAGGUCCUGUAAUGUCUGCAAGAACACCAGUCCUGAAUUGGUAUUGGCUGCUCAAUGGGGUUACAGGCAGCAACAAGUUAUUUAUUUGGUUAGAGAGGCUGCGGGACACGAUACCAGAAAGUUAGACUGACCUUUUUAGUGAUAUUUUUAAAUGGAGGAAACGGGAAAGAAAGAUCCUUCAAGUCAAUUCACUCCCGUAAGGUUUUUUUAUGGAAGACUCACAUUAAUGGAAGCAUUGCUAACUGUAUGUGGGUCAUUUGGAAGUAAGACGUUCCCAAUAAGGUCAAGAGGUCUGUUUUGUCCCCUUUGGCGGUAAGGUAGGAUCUGCCGUCCCACCCAGCCUCGUAAGGUCAGGGAUGACCAGUAAAACCAGUUACACAUACUUGCUAACACAGAGCUUGUCUCUCUAAGGGAGUCUGUGCAAAAAGGAACAAGGUUUGUUUACAAAGGGCUACCCAUCUUCAUUCCAGUCCUUCACCACCUUUUUAGUUGUGUUCUAUUUAUGCGGAAGGACUACAAAUGCCAGAGCGCAUAUUUCCCCUCUGCGUAAUAAGCUCUACCAGGCCCCAGUCCAGAGCAGCUUCUACCCCUUGUGCAAGUCCCAGUAAUGGACUGGAGCUGUUCUGCUCUUUUUUAUUCUGUAUCAGUGCAAACCACGCUUGGUGGCAAAGUAAUCUCCCUUUAUAGGAAGCUCACUGCAGCACAAAUGCUGUAAUUGGAAGUGCUAAAGUCCUCUUCUGAGACUGGGGAGUCUCCAGGAACCGUUUGGAGGGCGAUCACAUAAAAUAGCACCUCUUAUUCCACCGCAACAUCUUCCCCCUCUUCUGGGAAGCAAAAGACCCUGGUUUUAUCUGACUCCCACUGGCACUUACAGUGCAGUCCUGCUCACAUCAGCAGCAUUGCUCCACUUUGCAUGAUGGAGUGAGAGUCCCACUGAGGUGGUCUUCCCCUAUAAGACUCCAAACCUCUAAAGGCUCAAGAAGCCAAAGGCCAAGGUUUGCCUCACAGCCAGGCACUCAACAAUAUGGCGCGCGGUCCAUCCUGAGCCCUCUGCUUGCCACGGUUCUUUCACAAUUCACAAAUCUUCCCUUAGAAGGGAUUUAGAAAAGAUUUUAUGUCUGGUAGCAGUAAGAGGAGACCAUGGCUGUGUGAGCUGCGACAAUUCAGGCCUCUGAGCACAGUAACUCUCGCUGCUCUCCCCUUGUAUACAUUGCUCUCAGAUUUGACUCGCUGCUAUGAGGUUCUUCUAAUGCUCAGAGCUAAUGUUGUCAUUGCUGAGCACAUUAUAGACAGAUCCUAGAUACACAAACUGACACUUUAAAUGACAGAACACAGCUGCCCUAGAGAGGUUUACUUUUUCUGCCAAUAUGGUGUUACUCAAUGUCUUUUUUUUUUUCUUUUUAACCAUACGUCAUCUGUUUUGAUAUUGUGAGAUCUGUACUUUUUUCUUUAAGUAUUUUUCAAACUUAUAUAUAUUUUUGUGUCACUUUUGAAUUGUUUUCAUACAGUUUGCAAAACUUGACGAAUUAUACUUUUUUCCAGUUGUUUGAUUGAAA